AUGGAUCCCAGCAGGGAAAACCUCCUUGAUGGAGCCGACCGGGUGUCUUUCGAUGAGAGCGACUCUUCUGAUGCUUACUCGGAAAUCGACGCGACAGAUUAUCUGACCAGAAAUGCCGUCACUCGCUCCGGAGGUUCAUCUCGCAAAAAACGUCGAGUACGACCUUCUGGAUUCUGGCGACGAUGGCGUCCGAGCACCUGCUGUCUGACUGUCAUUGGAACCAUCUUGGUCGUCGGUGCUAUCGUCUCAGCAGUUGGAUCUUUUGCCUGGAAGAAGAUCAAGACAGCGCCCGUUGAUGGACAAUCACCGCCAUGGUACCCAAGCCCAAAGGGCGGCGCGUCCAAGAACUGGGAGAAGAGCUACACGUUGGCCGCUAAGCUGGUCAGCAAGAUGACACUGGCUGAGAAAGUCAACAUCACCACUGGCACGGGAUGGAGUAUGGGCUUGGCCGUGGGCACAACGGGCGCUGCGGUGAACGUUGGAUUCCCGGCCUUGGCCCUGCAGGACGGGCCGCUUGGCAUAAGAUUUGCAGAUAACGCGACAGCUUGGCCUGCUGGAAUUACAGUGGGAGCCACAUUCAACAAGAAGCUGAUGUAUGAGCGUGGCAAUGCUCAUGGAAAGGAAGCAAAAGGCAAGGGAAUCAAUGUGAUUCUUGGUCCUGCCAUUGGGCCUCUUGGAAGAGCUCCUGCUGGCGGGCGCAAUUGGGAAGGAUUUGGCCCCGACCCUUACUUGCAGGGCAUUGCUGGAGCUGAGACAAUUCGCGGUAUUCAAGACGCCGGAGUGAUGGCGACGAUCAAGCAUUUUAUCGGCAAUGAACAGGAGCAUUUUCGCCAGGCGUGGGAAUGGGGCCUCCCAAACGCCAUCUCAUCCAACAUUGACGACCGAACACUGCAUGAGAUAUACGGAUGGCCCUUCCAGAACGCCGUCAAAGCUGGUGUCGCAAGCGUCAUGUGCUCAUACAACAUGGUCAACAACUCCUACGCCUGCCAGAACUCCAAGCUUCUCAACGGCAUCCUCAAAGACGAGAUGGGUUUCCAAGGGUUUGUUAUGUCGGAUUGGCUUGCCCAGCGGUCUGGCGUCGCAAGCGCUUUGGCGGGGUUGGAUAUGAGUAUGCCCGGAGAUGGACUCAAGUGGCAGGAUGGUGACUCCCUCUGGGGUCCUCGUCUCACUCAGGCUGUUUUAAACGGAUCUUUACCAGUGGACCGAAUCAACGACAUGGCACUCCGAAUCGUUGCCUCGUUUUACCAGCUGGGACAGGACAAGGAUGAAAACAAGGGUCCUAACUUUUCCUCCUGGACUUAUGACAAGAAAGGAAAGCUUGCCCCUGGAAGCCCUUCGCCACAAGAGGAGCAGGUCGUUAACCACUACGUGAAUGUACAAGAGAAUCAUGCCGAGCUAGCUCGUCAGAUCGCCAUUGAAGGAACCGUCCUGCUCAAGAAUGAAGGGGUACUUCCUCUGAGCCGCAAGGGUGGCUUAGCUAACCAGGCCGAGAAGAAGGAUGGCAAGAUCAAGAUUGGGAUUUUCGGCGACGAUGCUGGUCCUGGAAAAGGACUUAAUUAUUGUCCAGACCAAGGGUGCAAUGAAGGUACUCUCGGAUCAGGCUGGGGCAGCGGUGCAGCCGAUUUCCCAUUCCUAGUAACACCUGUAGAAGCUCUGCGCAAGGGCUUCAACAAGGACAAGGUGCAAGUCAGCGAGUUCCUUUCCAACAAGGUCACAGACACAAAGAAAGUGGCUGAACAGGAUGUCUGCUUGGUAUUUGCCAACUCGGACGCGGGCGAGGGUUACCUCUCGUGGAGCAGCGUUCGAGGCGAUCGUAACGACCUCUUUCUGCAGAAAGGGGGAGAUGCACUCAUCACAGAGGUUGCGAACCUUUGCGGUGGUGGAACCGGUACGACCAUCGUGGUCAUGCAUGCUGUUGGGCCAGUCGUUGUGGAAAGCUGGAUCAACCACCCACGCAUCAAGGCUGUGUUGACUGCAAAUCUGCCUGGCGAAGAGAGCGGAAAUGCCAUUGCAAGCAUUCUUUUUGGCGAUGAGAGUCCCAGUGGAAAGCUCCCAUACACGAUUGGAAAGGCACUGGCCGAUUAUGGCGCAGGCGGACAGGUUCUGUAUCUACCCAACGGCGUCAUCCCGCAGCAGGACUUCGACGAGGGCCUGUACAUCGACUACCGACAUUUUGACAAGCACAAUGUCGAUCUUCGAUAUGAGUUUGGAUACGGUCUGUCCUACACUACCUUUGAGUACAAGGACCUGAAGAUUUCUCUGAAGGAAGCAGUGCCGCAGCUACCAGCCUCGCAUGUAACGUCCAACGCAAAGCCACCAAAGCUUGAUGAUAAGAUUCCAGAUGUUAAGGAGGGUCUCUGGCCUAAGAACAUCCGCAAACUGAAGAAGUGGAUCUACCCAUACAUUGACUCACCUGAUGAUAUCAAGAAGGGCGAUUAUCCCUACCCCGAUGGCUACGACAUCGAGCAGCCUCCCUCACCAGCUGGAGGUGAAGAAGGUGGCAACCCGGAUCUUUGGAAGACUGUGGUCACCGUUUCCGUUGUCGUCACAAACAGCGGUGCCGUGGAUGGCAAGGCUGUGCCCCAACUUUACCUGUCUUACCCCGAGACUUCCAAGGUCGAUCACCCGGUUCGAGUUCUGCGCGGAUUUGAGAAGGUUGCUUUGAAGAAGGGCGAGAGCAAGACCGUCGAGUUCGAGCUUACCAGGAGAGACUUGAGUUUUUGGGAUGUUGAUGAGCAGAAUUGGAGAGUAACGGAUGAUGGAGACUUUACGAUUGCGGUUGGAGAGAGUUCGAGGGAUUUGAAGUUGAAGGGGACAUUCAAGGCCGAUACUGUACUCUGA